AUGAGCUCCAACAAGAAAGUGGCAAACGCCGUCGGUGCCAAAACGGCAAGAGCGUGCGACAGCUGCAUAAGAAAGAGAGCUCGCUGGUACUGUGCUGCCGACGAUGCUUUUCUCUGCCAAGCCUGUGACUCCUCCGUACACUCCGCCAACCAGUUAGCUCGCAGACACGAAAGGGUUCUCUUGAAAACGGCGUCGUCGCUCAAACCCACCGAUAAGGAUGAUCAAGUUUCUGUUUCGGACAACCCAGCAGCACCAUCGUGGCACCGUGGCUUCAGGCGGAAGGCCCGGACGCCGAGGCAGGGGAAGCACAAAUGCCAAGAAGGUGCCCGAAACCGGUUUCCUCAGGUGCCGGAAGUUGGGGCAGACGAUAGCAACUCGUAUGACGAGGAGAACGAAGAAGAUCAGCAGCAGCUUCUUUAUAGGGUUCCCGUAUUCGAUCCCUUUGUUGCGGAGAUGUGCACUGCUACCACUUCUGCUAAUUCUAAUGAAGAAGCAGUUGCUAAUUACGAAUUAGCUAAUACUGGUGAUGUUUCUAAAGUGAGCUCAUCAUCACCUAAUUAUAAUCAUAACGGUCAUGAUGGGUUUCUGCUUCCCAGUGACAUGGAUCUUGCUGAGUUCGCGGCGGACGUGGAUAGUUUGUUGGGCAAGGGGCUCGAAGAUGACGAGUGUUUUGGGAUGGAAGGAUUGGGGUUGAUGGAUUCUAAAGAAAAUGAAUCGAAUUGUAGAGUAAAGCUUGAAGAUGAGGAGGAGGAGGAUGAGGAAGGGGGCACGGGAGGUGCCAAUUUUAUGGGGUGUGAAUUAGGUGAGACGCCGGAGAUUGAUAUGAUGAGAGAGCCGUUUGUGUUGAACUUUGAAGACUAUGAUGACUCGCCGCAGUCGUGCGGCGAACAGGAUGACAAACUGGGAGUGGGAAUGAUGGAUAAUACUUACAGUGGAGAUCAUCAACAACAUGAGGAGGUGCAUGCGGGUGCAAGUAAAAGCGGCAAGAAGAAGGAGAUAUUUUUGAGGCUGGACUACGAGGCAGUGAUUACAGCCUGGGAUGGCUCUCCGUGGACCUCCGGUGGUCGCCCUGAUUUCAACUCCGAAUGCUUGCCUGACUGCAUGGGUGUAUGUGGAACUGAACUUCAUUUCCCAUACGGAGAUCUGAACGGGCUAUGGGUACACCCGGCAAUGGCGGACGGAGGGAGAGAGGCGAGGGUGUCAAGGUACAGAGAAAAGAGGAGGACAAGGCUGUUCUCCAAGAAAAUAAGGUACGAAGUGCGGAAGCUGAAUGCUGAGAAGAGGCCAAGAAUGAAGGGGAGGUUUGUGAAGAGAGCAUCCUUUGCAGGAUCUGCUUUUCCUGUGCUAACCAAAUGA